CUCUUACAGUCUCGGAGGUGGUGCUGAACAGGAAUUGUAAACAAACUCAUGAGUCAGAUCUGAUUUAGGCAAAAAUAACGUAGUAUAGGACGUGUGUUGCGUAUCAUUGGGUGCGCUCUAUGGAAUGUGAGUAAAUUGUUACUUUCGUUAUAUUCUGAUGGCUUGACAUUUAAUCACUGUUGUGUUUAACUAGAAAUCAGCGAGAACGAGACUCGAGCUAGCCAGCUGGCUAACAGACCUAUCCAUUAGCAUUAGCAGCUAACGUUUGCAAAGUCGUUACUUAGCCAGCUAGCUAAAUAGUCGGCUAACCUAGCUUUCUUGCAGUCAUAUCCAGCUGGCAUAACAGUUGCUCGCUAGCUAGCUAGUUACUUAUCAGCUAAUGAUCAGCUAAUGCAAUUAGCUAUAACUAGCUACAGUAAAGCUCAAAACUGGCCAGUCCACUAACGUUUUUAUUUUUUUGUGGGGUAAGGGGGGGGUAGAAGGAUUACUUUAUCAUAUCCCAUGUAUUCCUUAAAGAGGUGGGGUUUCAAGUGUCUCCGGAAGGUGGUGAGUGACUCCGCUGUCCUGGCGUUGUGAGGGAGCUUGUUCCACCAUUGGGGUGCCAGAGCAGCGAACAGUUUUGACUGGGCUGAGCGGGAACUGUGCUUCCGCAGAGGUAGGGGGGCCAGCAGGCCAGAGGUGGAUGAACGCAAUGCCCUCGUUUGGGUGUAGGGACUGAUCAGAGCCUGAAGGUACGGAGGUGCCGUUCCCCUCACAGCUCCGUAGGCAAGCACCAUGGUCUUGUAGCAGAUGCGAGCUUCAACUGGAAGCCAGUGGAGUGUGCGGAGUAGCGGGGUGACGUGAGAGAACUUGGGAAGGUUGAACACCAGACGGGCUGCGGCAUUCUGGAUGAGUUGUAGGGGUUUCAUGGCACAGGCAGGGAGCCCAGCCAACAGCGAGUUGCAGCAAUCCAGACGGGAGAUGACAAGUGCCUGGAUUAGGACCUGUGUAAGGCAGGGUCGUACUCUCCGAAUGUUGUAGAGCAUGAACCUACAGGAUCGGGUCACUACAUUACCAAAAGUAUGUGGACACCUGCUCGUCGAACAUCUCAUUCCAAAAGCAUGGGCAUUAAUAUGGAGUUGGUCCCCCGUUUGCUGCUGUAACAGCCUCCACUCUUCUGGGAAGGCUUUCCACUAGAUGUUGGAAGGGGACCUGCUUCCAUUCAGCCACAAGAGCAUUAGUGGGGUCAGGCACGGAUGUUGGGUGAUUAGGCCUGGCUCGCAGUUGGCGUUCCAAUUCAUCCCAAAGGUGUUUGAUGGGGUUGAGGUCAGGGCUCUGUGCAGGCCAGUCAAGUUCUUCCUCACCGAUCUCGACAAACCAUUUCUGUAUGGACCUCGCUUUGUGCACAGGGGCAUUGUCAUGCUGGAACAGGAAAGGGCUUUCCCCAAACUGUUGCCACAAAGUUGGAAGCACAGAAUCAUCUAGAAUGUAAUUGUAUGCUGUAGCGUUAAGAUUUCCCUUCACUGGAACUAAGGGGCCUAGACCGAACCAUGAAAAACAACCGCAGACCAUUAUUCCCCCUCCACCAAACUUUACAAUUGGCACUAUGCAUUGGGGCAGGUAGUGUUCUUCUGGCAUCUGCCAAACCCAGAUUCGUCCGUCAGACUGCCAGAUGGUGAAGUGUGAUUCAUCACUCCAGAGAACGCGUUUCCACUGCUUCAGAGUCCAAUGGCGGCGAGCUUUACACCACUCCAGCCGACGUUUGUCAUUGCACAUGGUGAUCUUAGGCUUGUGUCCAGCUGCUCGGCCUUGGAAACCCAUUUCAUGAAGCUCCCAACAAACAGUUCUUGUGCUGACGUUGUUUCCAGAGGCAGUUCUGUGAGCUUGUGUGGCCUACCACUUCGCGGCUGAGCCGUUGUUGCUCCUAGACGUUUCCACUUCACAAUAACAGCACUUACAGUCGACCUGGGCAAUUCUAGGAGGGGAGAAAUUUGACGGACUGACUUGUUGGAAAGGUGGCAUCCUAGAGUAAGGCCAUUCUACUGCCAAUAUUUGUCUAUGGAGAUUGCAUGGCUGUGUGCUCGAUUAAGUAUAUAUUUUUUAAUAUGAAGGAUUAUUUCUCACUGAUGAAAGAUAUAUCACAAGCGAUGAUUAUUGACGUUUCUAAACAAUAAAACACAGCGUCGGGAUUGUAGUUCACAUGAGCCAGUCAUGGGCGAAGCUGAAGGCUGAAAACAGUAGGGAGAAGGCAGAAUGCCGCCUACAGUUUGAGAGCUAGACAGCUACAGCAUAAUUAGCUAACCCAUUUGGAAUUGCAAUUGCCUGCUGUGCCACGUAUCAACUGACAGUAACUAGCUAAUAAGAACCAUCUUUUUGUAGCUGGCUACUGUACCAGUUAGUGUAUGUGAAAUGUGGAAGUAACUGAGUUGGUACACGUUGUAGCUCAUUUUCUAAGUUACAUUCAAACUCUCCUCAUCUCUAUUCUUUCCCUCCUCUUUCUGAAACACAGGAUUCCACCUGUGUGGAAGUAACCCAACUGCAUGUGCCAGUGAGUGACAGAGAUCUACUGCAUCUGUAAAGAUCUGUGUCUGUAGGCCCGGCAGCCAUGUCUAGGAAGCAGACAGGAAAGCCAGUGCGUGGCGGCAUCAGGAAGUGUGACGCUGAGCGGAAGCGGGAUGAGCGGGCCGCGCGCAGGGCAAUCGCAAAGGACCGUAAGAACCGGCCCCAGGACGGGGACGAGGGAGAGGAGUUUGUCAGCUUCUCCAACCAGCUCCAUGCGCUGGAGCUCAAACUGAGAGAGGUGCCCGGUGAUGGGUAAGAUUCAGAGAGAGAAGGGCCAUGUUCCAGGCUGACUACAUUGCAGACACUUGCCAGACCUCACAACGCCUGGAUAGGUAUUUAACAUAUCAGCUAACCACAUACAGUGGGGAAAAAAAGUAUUUAGUCAGCCACCAAUUGUGCAAGUUCUCCCACUUAAAAAGAUGAGAGAGGCCUGUAAUUUUCAUCAUAGGUACAUGUCAACUAUGACAGACAAAAUGAGGAAAAAAAAUCCAGAAAAUCACAUUGUAGGAUUUUUAAUGAAUUUAUUUGCAGAUUAUGGUGGAAAAUAAGUAUUUGGUCAAUAACAAAAGUUUCUCAAUACUUUGUUAUAUACCCUUUGUUGGCAAUGACACAGGUCAAACGUUUUCUGUAAGUCUUCACAAGGUUUUCACACACUGUUGCUGGUAUUUUGGCCCAUUCCUCCAUGCAGAUCUCCUCUAGAGCAGUGAUGUUUUGGGGCUGUCGCUGGGCAACACAGACUUUCAACUCCCUCCAAAGAUUUUCUAUGGGGUUGAGAUCUGGAGACUGGCUAGGCCACUCCAGGACCUUGAAAUGCUUCUUACGAAGCCACUCCUUCGUUGCCCGGGCGGUGUGUUUGGGAUCAUUGUCACGCUGAAAGACCCAGUCACGUUUCAUCUUCAAUGACCUUGCUGAUGGAAGGAGGUUUUCACUCAAAAUCUCACGAUACAUGGCCCCAUUCAUUCUUUCCUUUACACGGAUCAGUCGUCCUGGUCCCUUUGCAGAAAAACAGCCCCAAAGCAUGAUGUUUCCACCCCCAUGCUUCACAGUAGGUAUGGUGUUCUUUGGAUGCAACUCAGCAUUCUUUGUCCUCCAAACACGACGAGUUGAGUUUUUACCAAAAAGUUAUAUUUUGGUUUCAUCUGACCAUAUGACAUUCUCCCAAUCCUCUUCUGGAUCAUCCAAAUGCACUCUAGCAAACUUCAGACGGGCCUGGACAUGUACUGGCUUAAGCAGGGGGACACGUCUGGCACUGCAGGAUUUGAGUCCCUGGCGGCGUAGUGUGUUACUGAUGGUAGGCUUUGUUACUUUGGUCCCAGCUCUCUGCAGGUCAUUCACUAGGUCCCCCUGUGUGGUUCUGGAAUUUUUGCUCACCGUUCUUGUGAUCAUUUUGACCCCACAGGGUGAGAUCUUGCGUGGAGCCCCAGAUCGAGGGAGAUUAUCAGUGGUCUUGUAUGUCUUCCAUUUCCUAAUAAUUGCUCCCACAGUUGAUUUCUUCAAACCAAGCUGCUUACCUAUUGCAGAUUCAGUCUUCCCAGCCUGGUGCAGGUCUAUAAUUUUGUUUCUGGUGUCCUUUGACAGCUCUUUGGUCUUGGCUAUAGUGGAGUUUGGAGUGUGACUGUUUGAGGUUGUGGACAGGUGUCUUUUAUACUGAUAACAAGUUCAAACAGGUGCCAUUAAUACAGGUAACGAGUGGAGGACAGAGGAGCCUCUUAAAGAAGAAGUUACAGGUCUGUGAGAGCCAGAAAUCUUGCUUGUUUGUAGGUGACCAAAUACUUAUUUUCCACCAUAAUUUGCAAAUAAAUUCAUUAAAAAUCCUACAAUGUGAUUUUCUGGAUUUUUUUCUUCUCAAUUUGUCUGUCAUAGUUGACGUGUACCUAUGAUGAAAAUUACAGGCCUCUCUCAUCUUUUUGAGUGGGAGAACUUGCACAAUUGGUGGCUGACUAAAUACUUUUUUUCCCCCACUGUAUCAUAUGAUAUAGCAAUCUGAUGCCAGAUUGCGUAAUUGAUGACGUGGCACGCAAUAAUUGGUUGAUGCAAUGCAAAGUCUGCAAUGUAGUCAGCCUGGAACACCACCUAAGUGCUGUUAUAAAAGGCUGUUAUAACGUUGACUAAUACUGUGUGUCCGUCCUUUAGUAACUGCCUGUUCCGGGCUCUAGGUGACCAGUUGGAGGGACACUCUCGGGGACACUUGCGCCUGCGACAGGAGACUGUGCAGUACAUGAUGUCACACCGGCAGGACUUUGAGCCCUUUGUGGAGGAUGAUGUGCCCUUCGCACAGCAUUGUAAGGAAACGGCCCAAUAUGAUAGAAAUCAAAUACUAUUUGCAUGUGAAAAUGUUGUUGGCUGCCCAAGUUUCUGAUGGUAUGCAAGUCAUCCUACAGAUUGUCUUUAAAGGUCUUGUCACUAAUCUUUCUCUCUGUUAUGUUGUUAUCUUCCUCUCAGUGUCAAACCUCUCCCAGCCUGGUACUUUUGCUGGUAAUGAUGCCAUCGUGGCAUUCGCCCGCAGUCAACAGCUUAAAGUGGUCAUUCAUCAGCUCAACACGCCACUGUGGGAGGUAGGAUCCUCAAUGACACCCUAUUGCCCAUAUAGUUUACUACUUUUGGCUAAGAGACAUUAAGCUGUAUAAAGGGUAUAGUAGUGCACAAUUGGUGAAACACUUUAUUUUACUAUUUGUUUGUUUGUUUUUAAAGGAGAUCCCAAUCUCAUUAAGUAGGCCUAUUUUUUUAUAGUUUAUUAUUAUUAUGUUUUUAUGAAAGAACAACGGGAAAGUGGACAAGGGUGUAGUACAAAAUAGAAGGGUAUAUAUGAAAAAGUCAGUGAGGAGAGGCAUGAAUCCCCUGUUGCCAGGUGGUAUAUGUGGUCCUACCACUAGACCACAUUCUGGCACAAUACUGUUUUUUAAACUGAAGUCCUCUUCUAAUGUAAGAAAUACCCCUAUUGAUAAGUCCUACUCAUUAUGUUUCCUCAAUUCAGAUAAAUGGCUCUGAGAAGCUGGUUGGCCGAGAGCUACACAUUGCCUAUCGCUAUGGAGACCAUUACGACAGUGUAAGACCAAUCGGUGACAACUCUGAGAGUCCUGCUCAGCUGCAUAUAGAGGUACAAAUAACAACCCCUUCAGCUAAAAACUCACUACCAAAUAUUUGGACCAUUGGAUUAGUCCUGUUCUCAAACAAAUAUCCUUUAUCCCCCCCCACCCCACUCUAGAAUCUACAUAAUUCGAGUGGGCAGCGUGAGUUUGGUGACGGCCAGAGGGACAGACGGAAAGCCCCCUCGCCCACCCCCUCAGAGGAGGACAAUGUGAUCCUAAAUUCCCUGAAGAACAGGGGCCCACACUGUGAGUGUCCCCUCUGUCUUCUCCCCCAUUGUAUUCUGAUUAUCAGUGUCUACUAGCUGUUUGGGGUCAUUUUCUAAUCCCAACUCAUACCAAACUGUAAUUUGUCUGCAGUCUUAGCCCACUGCAUAUAAUAAACAUUGCUAAUAAAUACAACUGAUGUUUAUUGGCUGUUUUGAGGAUUUCCAUCUUUUAGAGGGAGCUACCAACCAAAACCCUUUGAUAAUGAUCAACAGGAGCAUCUGAUGUGAUAUAUUCACUGCAACUGACCCCAUGUGUUUUGUGUGCCAUGUCUCUCAGGGGAAGAGGAGAAUCUGUUUCAGCUGAGUGCCGCCACCAUCAACGCUGGGUGGCUGGUGGAUUCUGAGCUAGUGGCCCAAGUGUGUCACGGCCAGUGUGCCUCAGGAUCAUGCUCUGCGUGUAGAGAGGCAGGGACAGAGUGCAGUGAGCACAAACCACCACCUGAUGGAGGCAACCUACACAAAUCCAAGGUAAGAUGCUCAAAUUCCAAUUCUUUAAAAAAAUAUAUUUUUUGGUCUUUUAACACAUUCUAUUCAGACAGUAAGGAAUUGAGGUGGGGAGACAGGCAAGUUGGAGAAACAGUGGGAAAGGUGUACACAUGGAUUGAACCCUGGUCUCAUGUGGGGAGUUUUAACAGUAUAUGUGACAUGUGCCGGAGAGUGUUAACGCUACACGACGACUCUGCACUCAAAUUCCAAUUCUGUAUCAGUAUUCUGAGUCUGUGCGACUAUUUCAAUUCAAGUUCCAGAUGAAAUUGACCUGCAUUUCUCAAUUUAAUUCAGAACGGACAUGAAUCCCCCUUUUUCAUCUUGACCCCCGUUUUUCAACCCCUCUCUCAGGCUUCAAACAAGCAGAGAAAAGAGCAACAGCACUUGGAGAAGAAAAAGCGACAAGAGGAAAGACAUCGACAGAAGGUUCUUCAGAGCAAAGGAACACCUGACCAGAACCAGAACCUCUCGGAGCCGGUCACUCUAGUGCCAGCUCUAAAUACACUUAGUAUAUAGACAGAGCAUGGCCAAAUAAAGCAGCGGAUGACAAUGUUUUGCACACAGAAUCAAUCUCAAUCACAUUGGAUGACUUUCAUAUACCCUUUAGUUUCUUUGCAAAUGUACGGUGCCUGCGAUAGGGUGUGUGUGUGUGAAUAUGUGUUCAGGGUUGUGGUUGACUAUGAGGGUUUUUGAUAGUGACCCACAAUGGUGUACAUAGUUUCCUCUGCAGAGAGACACUGUCUUGACUCUUUCUAUGCUGGUGAAUGGGGGCUGCUUUUCACAAUGACCAUGCAGUACAUCUUGGCCUCCUCUUUGAGUUUGUUUUGAGUUGAAUUUCUCUGAUUACAGCCAAAGAAGAAAGGAAAGGGAAGAGAGAGACAUCAUUGUAAACAGAAUGAAAUGUUUUGUGAACGAUACUGAAAUUGUUUCGUUGAUUUGUAAAGAAUGUAUAUUUUAUCUGGUUAAUGGCAGUUCCAGUAUUAUUGAUCAGGUUUAAAUAAAUUAUUCAGUUGGGAGAUUUGCUUAUGAAUGAUUGUGAAGCACUCUGUCGGGUAUGACAUGUAAUGUGUCAAUAAAUGAAAACUUUACAGUAUUUGAUUUUAUUAAUAUUAGUGUGAAUUUUUAUUUUAUUUUUAACUUUAUUUAAUUAAGUACAGUAUGUCAAUGAUGACUGAUCACUUAAUAUAUAUAUACAGUGGGGAAAAAAAGUAUUUAGUCAGCCACCAAUUGUGCAAGUUCUCCCACUUAAUAAGAUGAGAGAAGCCUGUAAUUUUCAUCAUAGGUACACGUCAACUAUGACAGAAAAUGAGAAAGAAAAUCCAGAAAAUCACAUUGUAGGAUUUUUAAUGAAUUUAUUUGCAAAUUAUGGUGGAAAAUAAGUAUUUGGUCAAUAACAAAAGUUUCUCAAUACUUUGUUAUAUACCCUUUGUUGGCAAUGACACAGGUCAAACGUUUUCUGUAAGUCUUCACAAGGUUUUCACACACUGUUGCUGGUAUUUUGGCCCAUUCCUCCAUGCAGAUCUCCUCUAGAGCAGUGAUGUUUUGGGGCUGUCGCUGGGCAACACAGACUUUCAACUCCCUCCAAAGAUUUUCUAUGGGGUUGAGAUCUGGAGACUGGCUAGGCCACUCCAGGACCUUGAAAUGCUUCUUACGAAGCCACUCCUUCGUUGCCCGGGCGGUGUGUUUGGGAUCAUUGUCAUGCUGAAAGAACCAGCCACGUUUCAUCUUCAAUGCCCUUGCUGAUGGAAGGAGGUUUUCACUCAAAAUCUCACGAUACAUGGCCCCAUUCAUUCUUUCCUUUACACGGAUCAGUCGUCCUGGUCCCUUUGCAGAAAAACAGCCCCAAAGCAUGAUGUUUCCACCCCCAUGCUUCACAGUAGGUAUGGUGUUCUUUGGAUGCAACUCAGCAUUCUUUGUCCUCCAAACACGACGAGUUGAGUUUUUACCAAAAAGUUAUAUUUUGGUUUCAUCUGACCAUAUGACAUUCUCCCAAUCCUCUUCUGGAUCAUCCAAAUGCACUCUAGCAAACUUCAGACGGGCCUGGACAUGUACUGGCUUAAGCAGGGGGACACGUCUGGCACUGCAGGAUUUGAGUCCCUGGCGGCGUAGUGUGUUACUGAUGGUAGGCUUUGUUACUUUGGUCCCAGCUCUCUGCAGGUCAUUCACUAGGUCCCCCCUUGUGGUUCUGGGAUUUUUGCUCACCGUUCUUGUGAUAAUUUUGACCCCACGGGGUGAGAUCUUGCGUGGAGCCCCAGAUCGUGGGAGAUUAUCAAUGGUCUUGUAUGUCUUCCAUUUCCUAAUAAUUGCUCCCACAGUUGAUUUCUUCAAACCAAGCUGCUUACCUAUUGCAGAUUCAGUCUUCCCAGUCUGGUGCAGGUCUACAAUUUUGUUUCUGGUGUCCUUUGACAGCUCUUUGGUCUUGGCCAUAGUGGAGUUUGGAGUGUGACUGUUUGAGGUUGUGGACAGGUGUCUGUAUACUGAUAACAAGUUCAAACAGGUGCCAUUAAUACAGGUAACGAGUGGAGGACAGAGAAGCCUCUUAAAUAAGAAGUUACAGGUCUGUGAGAGCCAGAAAUCUUGCUUGUUUGUAGGUGACCAAAUACUUAUUUUCCACCAUAAUUUGCAAAUAAAUUCAUUAAAAAUCCUACAAUGUGAUUUUCUGGGAAAAAAAUUCUCAAUUUGCCUGUCAUAGUUGACGUGUACCUAUGAUGAAAAUUACAGGCCUCUCUCAUCUUUUUAAGUGGGAGAACUUGCACAAUUGGUGGCUGACUAAAUACUUUUUUCCCCCACUGUAUCCUCAAUAGAUGAUACAAGAUAGCAUAUUACAUUCUUGUAGGCUGCACUGUAAUUUCUCUGAUAUUUUGGGCAAUAUUUUGGCUAAUGAUCUACUCAUGUCAUUGCAAGUAAUGUUUUAUAAAACGGAUUGAUUAUUUUACCAUGGAUAAUGUAGAUUGGAGCAGUAUCAAUGUUCAGGAUGCUGACUGACUCCUCCCCUUUACUAUGUACUGUGAUGUCACAAUAAGGGUACAUAUAUGACAUCAUCAGUGGUCCAGGCUGCAAGCAUAGAACACCAGUUUCACUUAUAAAAUCAUUAUAAUGGCUCCAGGUUAGUACACUCUCCAAUGAUGUUCUGAAUCUGCAAGGUGGUGAGUACCUCUUCAUGAGAACUAUUGAUUUUAAUUUGUAGCAUUGAUAAUGUGGUUCUGAGAGCAACGUGUGAGAAGCAUAAUGGUAUUAAACAAUUUAGGCUCAGGUGAAUAGGAAGCUAGAGGUCAAGCUGCAUUUUAAAAAGUUAUAGGAAUACUGGAUUUUGAUUAUUGUCAUGCAUUGUUUUACUUGCAUAAAUCAAAUUAUAUUUAAACAAGUGUCUAAUAGUUUGUCAGUCUGCAAUGGACUCAUUUUGACAACAGCAGCAAUUACAAAUUCCAAUGUUAGGGUAACUUGGGGGAAAACGGUCUCAAGGAAAAUGUAUAUUUUAAAGUUUUUGUACGAUUUUGAUAUGUGCAUAAUGGCUAUCCUUAGGCAAACACAUUUAGAAGGGCAAUUAGUGGGCAGAUUUCUUUAGAAAGGUGGGGGCCCUCUGUCUCAGUAUGUGUAGACCAUGUAUCUGAUUCUGUCUGGACCAAAAGAGUAUGGCAUGUCAUACUAUUUCUGGCCGGACAGCAUCAGAUACAUGGGCAGUAAGACAGAGCGGCGCUAUUUUGCUACUCGGAUGCUUUCUCUGGUGAGAGAGUUUCAGCAGAGAGGAAGAGGCGAAGCGAGAGAGCUCACUCUCCCCAAAAUCUGCCCAGAAUAAGCCCAAUGCGUUUCUAUGUGCAUAAUUCAAUUUCAAUUUAAGGGGCUUUAUUGGCAUGGAAAACAUAUGUUUACAUUGCCAAAGCAAGUAAAAUAGAUAAUAAACAAAAGUGAAAUAAUUUUUUUAUAGUUUAUUAUUAUUAUGUUUUUAUGAAAGAACAACGGGAAAGUGGACAAGGGUGUAGUACAAAAUAGAAGGGUAUAUAUGAAAAAGUCAGUGAGGAGAGGCAUGAAUCCCCUGUUGCCAGGUGGUAUAUGUGGUCCUACCACUAGACCACAUUCUGGCACAAUACUGUUUUUUAAACUGAAGUCCUCUUCUAAUGUAAGAAAUACCCCUAUUGAUAAGUCCUACUCAUUAUGUUUCCUCAAUUCAGAUAAAUGGCUCUGAGAAGCUGGUUGGCCGAGAGCUACACAUUGCCUAUCGCUAUGGAGACCAUUACGACAGUGUAAGACCAAUCGGUGACAACUCUGAGAGUCCUGCUCAGCUGCGUAUAGAGGUACAAAUAACAACCCCUUCAGCUAAAAACUCACUACCAAAUAUUUGGACAAUUGGAUUAGUCCUGUUCUCAAACAAAUAUCCUUUAUCCCCCCCCCACCCCACUCUAGAAUCUACAUAAUUCGAGUGGGCAGCGUGAGUUUGGUGACGGCCAGAGGGACAGAAGGAAAGCCCCCUCGCCCACCCCCUCAGAGGAGGACAAUGUGAUCCUAAAUUCCCUGAAGAACAGGGGCCCACACUGUGAGUGUCCCCUCUGUCUUCUCCCCCAUUGUAUUCUGAUUAUCAGUGUCUACUAGCUGUUUGGGGUCAUUUUCUAAUCCCAACUCAAACCAAACUGUAAUUUGUCUGCAGUCUUAGCCCACUGCAUAUAAUAAUAAUAUAAUAAUAAUAUGCCAUUUAGCAGACGCUUUUAUCCAAAGCGACUUACAGUCAUGCGUGCAUACAUUUUUGUGUAUGGGUGGUCCCGGGGAUCGAACCCACUACCUUGGCGUUACAAGCGCCGUGCUCUACCAGCUGAGCUACAGAGGACCACCCAUACACAAAAUAAACAUUGCUAAUAAAUACAACUGAUGUUUAUUGGCUGUUUUGAGGAUUUCCAUCUUUUAGAGGGAGCUACCAACCAAAACCCUUUGAUAAUGAUCAACAGGAGCAUCUGAUGUGAUAUAUUCACUGCAACUGACCCCAUGUGUUUUGUGUGCCAUGUCUCUCAGGGGAAGAGGAGAAUCUGUUUCAGCUGAGUGCCGCCACCAUCAACGCUGGGUGGCUGGUGGAUUCUGAGCUAGUGGCCCAAGUGUGUCACGGCCAGUGUGCCUCAGGAUCAUGCUCUGCGUGUAGAGAGGCAGGGACAGAGUGCAGUGAGCACAAACCACCACCUGAUGGAGGCAACCUACACAAAUCCAAGGUAAGAUGCUCAAAUUCCAAUUCUUUAAAAAAAUAUAUUUUUUGGUCUUUUAACACAUUCUAUUCAGACAGUAAGGAAUUGAGGUGGGGAGACAGGCAAGUUGGAGAAACAGUGGGAAAGGUGUACACAUGGAUUGAACCCUGGUCUCAUGUGGGGAGUUUUAACAGUAUAUGUGACAUGUGCCGGAGAGUGUUAACGCUACACGACGACUCUGCACUCAAAUUCCAAUUCUGUAUCAGUAUUCUGAGUCUGUGCGACUAUUUCAAUUCAAGUUCCAGAUGAAAUUGACCUGCAUUUCUCAAUUUAAUUCAGAACGGACAUGAAUCCCCCUUUUUCAUCUUGACCCCCGUUUUUCAACCCCUCUCUCAGGCUUCAAACAAGCAGAGAAAAGAGCAACAGCACUUGGAGAAGAAAAAGCGACAAGAGGAAAGACAUCGACAGAAGGUUCUUCAGAGCAAAGGAACACCUGACCAGAACCAGAUCCUCUCGGAGCCGGUCACUCUAGUGCCAGCUCUAAAUACACUUAGUAUAUAGACAGAGCAUGGCCAAAUAAAGCAGCGGAUGACAAUGUUUUGCACACAGAAUCAAUCUCAAUCACAUUGGAUGACUUUCAUAUACCCUUUAGUUUCUUUGCAAAUGUACGGUGCCUGCGAUAGGGUGUGUGUGUGUGAAUAUGUGUUCAGGGUUGUGGUUGACUAUGAGGGUUUUUGAUAGUGACCCACAAUGGUGUACAUAGUUUCCUCUGCAGAGAGACACUGUCUUGACUCUUUCUAUGCUGGUGAAUGGGGGCUGCUUUUCACAAUGACCAUGCAGUACAUCUUGGCCUCCUCUUUGAGUUUGUUUUGAGUUGAAUUUCUCUGAUUACAGCCAAAGAAGAAAGGAAAGGGAAGAGAGAGACAUCAUUGUAAACAGAAUGAAAUGUUUUGUGAACGAUACUGAAAUUGUUUCGUUGAUUUGUAAAGAAUGUAUAUUUUAUCUGGUUAAUGGCAGUUCCAGUAUUAUUGAUCAGGUUUAAAUAAAUUAUUCAGUUGGGAGAUUUGCUUAUGAAUGAUUGUGAAGCACUCUGUCGGGUAUGACAUGUAAUGUGUCAAUAAAUGAAAACUUUACAGUA